AGCAAAGUUCAUUCAUAAAAAUUUCAACACUCUGCAUCAUCCUGCACAUCUCAGCCUUCUGCUGCCGACGGGCUCCUAAAAGAAGCUCCUGAGAACAGUCCAGGAGGGAGGGAGGCUCUGAGCUAGGGUGGGCAGGCUGGGAGGGGAUCUGAGGAACACGGAGGGAUUGCAAGUCCAAGAAAUAAUGCGGAGCAGUGCCCGUCGCUAGUACUUCUGGCUUGUGGCCCGGACGGGAUGCAAGACAAGAUCUUCCAAGAGAGGGCAGCCGUCAGAAUCAACGAACUCAGGCUGAAGGGCCUUUGGCUCACAUACACGUUUUCUUUUUUAAAUGAACAAUCACUGGAACAAAUAAAGGGUUAAUAGGCCAGUCAUUGCCCCGCCCUGUGGGAGCCGGAGGGAGCAGGUUUGAAAGUUCCUGUGUGCAGAAGGGAAGGCUGGGGGUGGGGGGCGCUGAAUAUUUCUGCAAGGCUCCUGCACGGCUCGCUGGCGAUGCGGCGGGACGGGCUGGCCCGUGUUCGGCCCGGUUCGGUGCCUGAGAGUUGGCCGUGAGCGAUCCCUGCCGCCGCGAGCCCGGUCCAGGCUUUCCCAGCAAGGAAUCCAAGGCGAGAACACCGAGUGCUGCCGCGGGGGCCAGGGAGGGACUGAAAUCAACUGGGGAGGCGUUAUCUACCCCCCACCGGCCCCCCUCCCUCCCCCGGGCUGUCACCCAGAAGGGCCUGGGAGCCGAGGUGGGCGAGGGCGAGAGCAGAGUUGGAGAGGUGGCUGCCGCCAGUGGCACGGGGCGUUGAGGCAUUUGCUUUCCGUGCCGUUUAUCUAGCAGACGACGAGGCGAUUUAUGCAACAGUAUCCUGUUUCCGCACUGCCAAGGCUAUGCGAAAACGCGGUCAGGACAGCCUGGCAGGACUUGUGCUGUAUGUAGGACUCUUCGGGCACCCCGGGAUGCUGCACAGGGCCAAGUACAGCCGUUUUCGGAAUGAGUCCAUCACGUCCUUGGACGAAAGCAGCCCCGGAGGCUCAGUGGGGAGCAAGGGCUCGGCGCCUCCUCCCUACCCCACCCUGGCACCUCACCUGCCGGCUGAAGAUGCCACCUUGGCGUCCCAAGAGAGCCCCACCCCACUGUGCACCUUGAUCCCUCGCAUGGCCAGCGUGAAGCUGGCCAACCCAGCCACCUUGCUGAGUCUGAAAAACUUUUGCUUGGGUACCAAAGAGGUGCCCCGGCUGAAGCUCCAGGAAAGCCAGGACCCGGCACCCAGCAGCCCAGCUUUCCCUGAAACCAGUCCAAAUAGGGCUGGCUCUGCACCUCUGCCGCAACCAGACCUGCUGGGGCACAGGGCAGCUGCCUUAACUCCCGAUGCCUGCCCCCUUCCUGGCCCUGGGGAGCCAACCCCAGGGAGCAGGCAGGACAGGCACUUUCUGCAGCACCUGUUGGGGAUGGGCAUGAACUACUAUGUGAGGUACAUGGGCUGUAUCGAAGUGCUACAGUCAAUGAGGUCACUGGAUUUUGGAAUGAGAACGCAAGUUACAAGGGAAGCAAUAAGUCGCCUGUGUGAAGCUGUCUCUGGGGCAAAUGGAGCCGUUAAAAAGCGAAAGCCUCCAGUUAAGUUCCUAUCAACAGUUCUUGGCAAAAGUAAUCUUCAGUUUUCGGGAAUGAAUAUUAAACUGACCAUCUCAACAUGCAGCCUCACGUUGAUGAAUAUUGACAACCAACAGAUUAUUGCAAAUCAUCAUAUGCAGUCUAUUUCAUUUGCCUCUGGAGGGGAUCCUGAUACUACAGACUAUGUUGCCUACGUAGCUAAAGAUCCAGUUAAUCAACGAGCCUGCCACAUAUUGGAAUGCCGCAGCGGAAUGGCCCAAGAUGUCAUCAGCACCAUAGGGCAGGCUUUUGAACUCCGGUUUAAACAGUAUUUGAAAAAUCCUUCUUUGAAUACUUCUUGUGAAAGUGAGGAGGUGCCUCUUGAUGGUCCUGCUGUGGAGAGAGAAGAUCAUGAGUAUUACAAUGAAAUCCCAGGGAAGCAGCCACCUGCAGGUGGUGUUUCAGAUGUGCGCAUCAAAGUCCAAGCCACAGAACAGAUGGCUUACUGCCCCAUACGGUGUGAAAAGUUGUGCUAUCUGCCUGGAAACUCCAAGUGCAGCAGUGUGUACGAGAACUGUUUAGAACAAAGCAGGGCAAUAGGUAACGCACAGGAGAGAGGAGGGCAGUGCCAACGAGAUGCCUCAUUGAUGAAGCACACGUGUCGAGUGGAUAUCCUCAAUGACCCCUGCUACAUAAAUACACAGGGUCUUCAAAGUACACUUGGCUCUUCCCCAAAUCAAAGCUCAGCUCACUCCCUGGGGAGCCCGUGGCACCGUCAGAAAGCACCAGAAACUGUUCAGCCAGGUGCCACGGCCCAGCCUGCCAGCUCACAUUCUUUGCCACACAUUAAGCAGCAGCUGCGGAAUGAAGACUGCUACCAUGGCAAGCUGAGCAGGAAGGCAGCAGAGAGCCUCUUGGUAAAGGAUGGGGACUUUUUGGUUCGAGAAAGUGCAACAUCUCCUGGUCAGUAUGUGCUAAGUGGACUUCAGGGAGGCCAGGCAAAGCAUCUUCUCCUGGUGGAUCCUGAAGGCAAGGUAAGGACCAAGGAUCAUGUGUUUGAUAAUGUUGGCCACCUUAUCAGAUACCACAUGGAUAAUAGUUUGCCAAUCAUCUCUUCUGGAAGUGAAGUAAGCCUUAAACAGCCAGUGAGAAAAGAUAAUAAUCCAGGACUUCUGCAUUCCAACAAAUGACAAUAUGGAAGUACCAUCACACUGAUAUUUCAAGAAAGUUCAUUUUGUGUUAGGAUACAAAGAUAAUCCAAACUUGGUUGAUAGAUAAAAUAGAGCACAAUCUGUGAACUACAUUUUCCCAAGAGCAUCAUGGACUAUGUCCUUUAUAUGAUAAAGAACUAACACAGAUCGAUCUUCAGAAAGUGAAAAUCAGAAAAGGGGAAGAGGAUUGGUCCAUCUGAGAAGAAAUUAUCAUAUGCACGGAUGUCACUUUUUAAGGCCAUAUUGCAUCGAUAGCAAGCUAAAAGCACAAUUAAAAUUUCCCAUGCUAGAGACUACCUGGAUGAACUGCUGGGGCAGUGGUAUGUGCCUUUCAACUUGAUAAUUUGGGGACAUUUUCAUAUUGGGGAGAUUAGUUCUAAGUGUCUUCAUAUUCUAUAACUAUAGAACUAUUUGCCAAAAAAAAAGUUUUUCCUUGUUACAAAAAUAAGACGCAAUUUGCUUGAUAGUUAUUGACUUUAUCAGAUUUUCUGUUUAGUAGCACUUUCACUACAAUGAUCAAAUAAAUUUGACAUUGAAUUUGGAUGGUGUCUAUGCCAGUGGAAUCAAAACAAAAGCCACUGAAAGCAUUGGUCUGUUUCAUUGGCCUGUCUCGUUUACUAGCCAAGGGUUGGGGCCUAAAUUCUUUGGCCUAGUAUUUCUCAGUCUUUGCUAUUUGGACACUUUGUAUGCAGCACAGAGCAAGCUGAAGAACCCAAAUCUAUCAGUCAUUUCUGAUUCCAUCGUGGUUCUCCCCCUUUCCUUCCCCUUACCCUCCCACAAAGGAAGCUCAUGCGUGCAUGGAUUUAAAACACGGCAGACAAACCAGUGUUCUUCAUAUUCAAUAUCCAAAUUGGUUUCAUUCUUAUUAAAGUAUUGAUUCUAUUUGAAAGUAUGGAGAAAUAUCCUCUUGAUUGGCUAUGACUGAAUCUACAUGUAUCCUUAGCAUCUUUUCUAGAUAUGAUCAGACAAAAUGCAGAAGGGAGAAGACAUAUUGAAUGAAGCAGUUGGAAGGGUUUGCCACAUGUAAGUACACUGGUGAUCUGAGGGUAUAAUUAAGUGUUGUGUAGAGAAAAGUGCUGGACAGUUUUCUCUAUGUGACUGUGAGCGAGCUGCUAAACCUGUCUGGACGCCCAUUUCCUUGUCUAUGAAAUAAGGGAAUUGGGCUAGGUGAAUUUAGAAGUCUAUCUCAGCUGUAACAUAAGUCUAUAAGAAGCAAAUUUUCCAUUUAUUAGGGGUCAGUGUUGAUAAUCAGUUUGUGUCAUUAAGAUGAAAGCUUGAGGUUUUUCCUUUAGCCUGCAUCUAUACUCCCAGAACAAAUGGCACAGCUGAAAUCAACAUUUAGGUAGCGGAGACCCCAAGCCUUUAGUCAAAGACAUUGAACCUUUGGAGUGCUAUCAGGAUGAUGGUAGAAGUGGAUUUGGUUGUUUGGAGUAGAAGACAACUGCUUCAGUCUUUUAGUCACCUUUGCAUAUAAUGGUUUGGCCAUGACUUUGGGGUGAUUUUUUUAGUCCGAGUAAUCUGGACAGUUGCCUUAACCCCACUUCAUUUUGGCUCUGUAGAUACAACUUAACCUUUGUAAUUGCGAUAUAUUUGCUAAGUUUUAAAUAAAAUACAAGAAAAUUUUUUUGGGUAGAAAUCAUCAGAAACCAAGUGCACUGAACUCUAAUAUUUUUCUGUAAAGGUUUAUGAUUUUAUUCUACUUCUACUGUCACUGAUUGCAUAGGUAGGUUUGUUUCCUUUUAUACAACUAGAAAAUAAUGUCUCUUUCAUCAGUUUUCCAUAUACCUUGGUUCUUGAUUGUUCAUCCUCACAAAGGGGGUUAGCAUGAGUGUAGAUCAUAGAAAUUUAUGGGUGAUCCAGUCACCUUUCAGAGACAGAGCAGGGUUGUGGUCUCAGUCUGUUUGAAAAGAGUGUUAACUGGGUCACAAGAAAAAGUUUCUGAUACAAAUAGAUGCCAAGAGUAUAAAUGAUGUGAGUAGUACAUGGGCACUGGUACAUGAGGCACCAGUACAUGGAAAAUCCGUGUUUGACUGUAAUGUUAUAGUAGUUAGAUAAGCAAAUAAUGCACUUACCAAGUACCACAGACACAGUUAAACCAGAAUGAAACAGCAGAAGAAAUGUUUGAUUGCAUGCUAUUUUAAUGACACACAUUUAUCUUCAUCUGUUUUAAAGUGGAAAUCCAUUUGCCUAUAAAUACCUGUAAACAACUUUUCAAAAAAAAAUAAAUGAUUAUUUCUUUGUGACAAUUCACGGUAUUUAUGUCUGAUGUUUGGGAUGUGGAAAAUUUAUUUGCAGGAUCCUGAUCCUAACCGGAAACAGAUGGCUCACUUAAAUUGGGUAAUUUGAGGAGAGUUUAAUAAAGGGACUAUUUACAAAGGUGUGGGCAGAGUAUGGGGAAACCACCAGGGAGAAUGAGGUGCCCUGGGGCCAGCGAAUGGGUAAGUGGAGAGCACAGUAACAGAAUCUGGAGAGAGAGAGCUGUGGAAAGACUGCCUUUUAGGAGGUGUGGCCUCCAGUGGAGGGACUCCCACAGCCCUGGUGACCCCAUAGCAAGGAGGCUGGGGACAUUA